AUGGUACGCACCCGACAAGGGACACGAACUGAGCCACCCUCCUUAGAAAGGAGGGGCAUGAACCGAGGUGCCCAAGGUUGGCAAGACGAAGAUCCCUUAGAUGAUACGGCAUCUCAUGCUCCGAUAAUACCGCCCGAAACUUUGCAGGGGGAAGAUACGGUGGCAGGAGAAGGCACGAGGUCUCAUCAGACAGAGGGAACACCCCCAGUCGCAACGGAGCAGCGAGAAAGAUCAGAAGCACAGCCAUCUACUGUUCCAACUGGUGUGCCCCCACAAUAUGUAGAUGCAGGACUCCUUGUACAAAUAGUUAAAGCAGUGAUGGAAGGCAUGGCUAGUUCAGCAGCACAAACAACCCCUACCACGCAGAUUCCACUAGCAGCCCCUACGACCAGCAUGACCAUGGAUAAUGUGGUACCACUGGUGCGACUAGUCAAGAGUAUGAGGGAAAUGGGUUGUGAACCGUAUAUGGGGGAACAAGAUGCAGAGAUAGCUGGAAGAUGGAUCAGGAAGGUAGAAAAGACAAUGAUUCAAAUAAGCAUACCCGAGGGUUUGAGGGUAAAUUGUGCAUCCCAAUUACUAUCUUAUAGGGCCAUGACAUGGUGGGAAACAGUUCAGCUGAGGCGUGCGACUGAGACCCUAACUUGGAGUGAUUUCAAGACAGAGUUUGAGAAUCAGUUUUAUUCCAAGUAUCAUCGCAAGGUGAAAGAACAAGAGUUCUUAGCAUUAAGGCAGGGUGAUAUGUCAGUAUUGGAGUACGAAAGGAGAUUCCAUGACCUCUCAUUGUUCGCCCCACAUUAUGUGCCGACAGAGGAACAUAUGAUUGAAAAGUUGAGAGAUGGUUUACGACAGGAUUUGAGACAAGGAUUGAUCGCCUUGCGAUUUAAAUCGGUGAGGGAGUUGAUUGAGGCUGCACAAGCUCUGGAGGCAUGUAUUGGAGAAAGCCAAGGGGGGUAUCAAAGUAUAAGCAAAAAGAGAGAUGGGGACUAUUUCAGCGGCAGACCACCGCACCCGAAGAAAGGAAAAAGUGGAGUGUUUGAGCAGCACGGGAAGAAGGGGAGUUUGAUAUUACCGCCUCACCAACAGUCAAGUGGGAGAAUGAUGGCGGGACAGUCGCACUCGAGGGCAAACUCUUCAACUGGGACCGGUGACCGCAGGGGAGUUGACUAUCCUUUAUGUGUAAAAUGUGGACAAAAACACCCUGGGGACUGCUCAGUUUCCCCUGGGCGAUGCUUUGUGUGCAGAGGAGAGGGUCAUAGGUGGAGGAACUGCUAG